GUGUUGACCGAUCGACCUAUUGCCAGCUAGGGGAGCACCCAUGCGGUGGCAGGAUCCAGCGCCCCUAGGUCGGGGGCGCUCCUGCCUUCGCCGUAUGGGACCCCGUGGGCAGAAGUAUCCACUCGCGCGCCGCGCCCGCUCUAGUUAGGGUCUACUUUCGUUCCUCUUCUUCUCUUCAUUCAAACACGACAGGAUAAGCACACAAAAAUACGCAGUUCGCCCCGGCUACAGUGA